UGGGACAGGCAGUGCGCGCGCACCUGUCCGCUGCCAAGAACGCGCCUGGCGCCUGCCCACAGAGCAUCCUUGCGGAGCAUGGCGACCGCCAAGGUGACUUUAACCAAGAGGGCGGAUCCGGCCGAGCUGAGAACAAUCUUUUUAAAGUAUGCAAGUGUUGAAAAAGAUGGCGAGUUUUUCAUGUCUCCAAAUGACUUUGUCAACCGGUACCUGAACAUUUUUGGCGAUUGUCAGCCCAACCCCGAGACCGUGGAGCUCCUGGGAAGCGUGGUGGACCAGACCAAGGACGGGCUCAUCUCCUUUCAAGAGUUCACGGCCUUCGAGUCCGUCCUGUGCGCCCCGGACGCCACCUUCGUGGUGGCCUUCCAGCUCUUCGACAAGUCUGGGGAAGGAGAGGUGGCCUUCGAGGAUGUGAAACGGGUUUUUGAGCGGACCACCAUCCACCAACACAUCCCCUUCAACUGGAACUCGGAGUUUGUGCAGCUGCACUUUGGGAGAGACCGGAAGAGGCGGCUGCCCUACACGGAGUUCACCCAGUUCUUACUGGAAAUCCAGUUGGAGCAUGCCAAGCAGGCCUUCAUGCAGCGGGAUGCUGCGCGUUCCGGGCGCGUCACCGCCAUGGACUUCCGGGACAUCAUGGUCACCAUCCGCCCCCACGUCUUGACGCCUUUUGUGGAGGAGAGCCUGGUUGCGGCAGCAGGAGGCGCCACGGCCCACCAGGUCAGCUUCUCCUACUUCAACGGAUUUAAUUCUCUCCUCAACAACAUGGAGAUCAUUAGGAAGAUCUACAAGACUCUGGCUGGCAGCAGGAAGGAUGUCGAGGUCACCAGGGAGGAGUUUGCUCUGGCGGCCCAGAAGUUCGGGCAGAUCACCCCCAUGGAAGUGGACAUCCUGUUCCAGCUGGCUGACCUCUAUGAGCCAAGGGGACGCAUGACCUCGGCCGACAUCGAGAGGAUCACCCCCCUCAUGGGGGACCAGCUGCAGUGCCGACUGACUGAAAUUCAGAAGCAGAGGAUUUCUCGAGACCCGCGCCCGCUCGUCCUCCACGUGGCAGAGUCCGCUUACAGGUUUGCCCUGGGCUCCGUUGCCGGAGCGGUGGGGGCCACGGCCGUCUACCCGAUCGACCUGGUGAAGACGCGGAUGCAGAACCAGCGCUCCACGGGCUCCCUGGUGGGGGAGCUGAUGUACAAGAACAGCUUCGACUGCUUCAAGAAGGUGCUGCGCUACGAGGGCUUCUUCGGGCUCUACAGAGGUCUCUUGCCGCAGUUGUUGGGGGUGGCCCCGGAGAAGGCCAUCAAGCUCACGGUCAACGACUUUAUCCGGGACAAGUUCGAGCACAAAGACGGCUCCAUCCCCCUGUUAGGGGAGAUCAUUGCCGGCGGCUGCGCUGGAGGCUCACAGGUGAUCUUCACCAACCCGCUGGAGAUCGUCAAGAUCCGCCUGCAGGUGGCGGGAGAGAUCACCACCGGCCCCCGCGUCAGCGCGCUCUCCGUGCUCCGGGACCUGGGCUUCUUCGGGAUCUAUAAGGGCGCCAAGGCCUGCUUUCUGCGGGACAUCCCCUUCUCCGCCAUCUACUUCCCCUGCUACGCCCACGUGAAGGCCUCCUUUGCCCACGGGGACGGGCACGUCAGCCCCGGCAGCCUCCUCCUGGCGGGCGCCAUCGCCGGCAUGCCGGCCGCGUCCUUGGUGACCCCCGCGGACGUGAUCAAGACCAGGCUGCAGGUAGCGGCCCGGACGGGCCAGACCACCUACAGCGGAGUCAUCGACUGCUUCCAGAAGAUCCUGAGAGAAGAGGGCCCCCGGGCGCUGUGGAAGGGCACGGGGGCCCGCGUGUUCCGCUCCUCGCCCCAGUUCGGCGUGACGCUGCUGACCUACGAGCUGCUGCAGCGCUGGCUCUACGUGGACUUCGGGGGCCCAAAACUGGCCCCGCCCGAGCCCAUCGUCACCUCGCCCCACGUGGCCCGCCUGGGCGUCCCCAACGCCGACCACGUCGGGGGCUACAGGCUGGCCGUGGCCACCUUCGCCGGCAUCGAGAACAAGUUCGGACUUUACCUGCCUCGCUUCAAGCCGUCCACGCCCAUCCCCUAGCUCCCUGGGCGCGCUGACCCGGCCGGCUGGGGCAGCCCCCUCCCCGUUCCCCUCGAGGGCGGGGCUUUUUAUCAUGAUCGUCCCGUGCAAUCAUUUGGGGUUUGUGCUUCCUUAACCAGAUCACGGCGAGAUUGCCGCGAGAUUCCUUCGGGGGGCCCGAGGGAGCGGGGGCGGCGCCGCGGGGGGCGGACACCUCGGCAGCGGCUCCCGGCUGGCAGCGCCCCCCCCGCGGCCCCGGCUCCCGAUCAGGGAGCGCUGACGGGAAACACGUGGGCAACGCAAACCACACUGACCCCGCCCUCCCCUCCCCUCCCCCUCCCCCGCGCGGCCACGGCCCCGCCCCUCCCUGGACCCCGAAUCAUGGAUAACGGUCUCCGAUUCCUCGUGCCUUGAGCCGCGUUCGUCGGGCUGCGUAUUUAUUUCUGGAGAGAGAAAUAAAGCCUCUGAACAGC